AUGGAGAAUACUAAAGAUAUUGCUCAUCAAAACCGAUUCAAACGAGCAGCAGAUGAUAAAGGUAUUACACUAACAUUUGUGUUUGACUCCACGGGUUCAAUGUCAGAUGAGAUACAACAAGUAAGAGUAGCUAUGCAAGGCAUCUUUGAUCAUAUGAAAAGUCACCGUGGUCAUGAAAUUGCAAAUUUUGCUUUGGUGGAAUUCAAUGAUCCAUAUGCAAGAUUAUUGGCCUUAACAAAUGACGCUGCUGAGUAUCGAAGCAAACUUGCUAAAAUUAGGGUUAAUGGAGGAGGAGACUGUCCGGAGAUGGCAAUGGAAGGAAUUAAAGUUGGUUUAGAAAAUAGUAAUCCAGGCUCAUAUCUUUUUGUUUUCACUGAUGCCAGUGCCAAAGAUUACAUGAAACAAGGAGAAGUUGAAAAUCUAAUACAACGAAAGAAAAGCAAGGUAAUUUUUGUGCUAACUGGUAAGUGUGGACAAAGUGAAAUGAAACCUGAAUAUCUAGUCUACAAUCGAAUAGCAGAGGUUUCAAAUGGACAAGUGUUUAAUUUACUUAAAAAUGAAGUGCACAAGGUUUUGGAUUUUGUAAAAAUUGAUACAGAGAAGAAAGAGGUUAUCCAUACAGCACCUUUGCCCCGGAAUAAACCGGUGAGCAUUUCCGUUCAUGUAGAUGGCACAAUGACAGAUACGACUUUCACUGCCACUGGCUGUCACCCUAGUUUAGAUUUAAAAGAUCCAACUGGAAAAGUGGAAGAGGGUAAAACCAUUCUGAAAUUAGAUUCUGCUAUAGCAAAACAAGUAAAAGAUCCUAAACCUGGUGACUGGACUGUGAGCGCAACAGUUAGGUGUCCAGGAAGAUUUACUAUGAUGGCUAAAAGCAGUUUUAGUUUUGUUCCUGGUUUCUCUCUGAAACCAACAGAAGAUUUGGCAGAAACUGCACCUCGUCCUUUGAAAGGGACCAACAAUGCUCUUUUAAUUCAGACAACAAAUCAGACUGACCGUAUUCAUCUAGUUGAAGUAAAAGUGAAAAAGAGUGAUGGGACAGUUCUAAUGACAAUGAAACUGCAACCUGUGAAAGGAAAAAGUGGAACCUACAAAGCUGAUAUGUUUCUGCCCCCAACAUCUGUGUUUUUUUUGGAGGUUUUAGGAAGAGAUUCAAAGAACACAACAGUUGUAAGAAUUUCAGAUUCAGGUAUCACUCCUCAGUCACCAGCUCCCCCACCUUUAGUUAAAACAUUAAAGGUAGCAGAACUUAUAAUUAACAAACCUGGAGAAAUUCCUUGUGAAGUUGAAAGUGAUGUGCCCUUCACAGUUUCUUGGACUAAAAAGCAAAGUUCAGGAUCUGUACAAAGUGUGAUUGGAAGUAAAUUCACCACUAAGUCAACAGGCAAUCUAGUCAUUUCCUCCGUUGCAAAAUCUGAUGAAGGGGAGUACCUGUGUUCAGCUCAAAGUAAAUUUGGAAGAGGAGAGAGUCAUAUUUCAGUGAAAGUAUUAGAACCAGUUCAAGUAGUAGCUAAGUCUAACAAACUCAAAUUCAAAUCUCAAGAACAACUUGAAAUUUCAUGUUCUGCAUCUGGUUCUGAGCCAAUAUCUAUUUCAUGGAAGAAAGAUGGAAAGGAUAUAGGGCUAAAGGGAUCUGAUAAAAAUCCAUUGAUAUUGAAGAUAAAAUAUGCACGAACUUCUGAUGCAGGAAUUUAUGAAUGUGAAGCUAGCAAUAAAAUCAAUAAAGCUAGUGGAUCUGUGAAACUGAUAUAUGUGGAAAAGCCAAGAGCAAAAAUACCAGGCCCACUUCCUUCCCAUUCCUUGACUGGUACAAAAUAUAUUGUUGACUGUAAAGUAAAAGGUAGCCCCAAACCAACAAUUUCCUGGUACAAAGAUAAAAGGAAAAUUACUUCAGGAGAUUUUGAACAGGUAUUAUCAAAUGGCACUCUAAUCAUUCCAACACUAUUUCUUAAUCAUACUGGACAGUACACCUGCUCUGCAGAAAAUGAAGUUGGUAGGCACGAUGUGCCACUAAACAUAAAUGUUGUUUCUACACCUCACUUUGAUGAGAGUGAAGAAGAUAUUUAUGUGGAUAUUUAUGGAAACAAAUCAAUAUUAUGCAAUGUACAUGGUUAUCCUCAACCAACAGUUAUAUGGGAACGUAAAGAUGGAAAAGACCUGUCGAAACAAUUCUCUAAGGGACCUUCAUGUUCCAUGUUCAUAACAAUGAAACCUGUGUUAGCUAAAGGAAGCCCAGAGGAACUAUCUGUAGCUGGGAAACCAAAAGAAUUAGUUUGUUUAAUACAGAGAGGCAAUCCUCCUCCAGAAUUGACAUGGUACAGAGAUGGAGAGGUACUGGAAUCUAAAGAUCUGUCAUUGAUGGAAAGCAAAAUAUUUCCCAAUGGGUCACUUAUCUUUUCCUACAUCAAACCUGACAGUGAAGGAACGUAUGUGUGUGAAGCCACUAAUGUUGCAGGGAAAGCAAAAAGGCAAAUAAAUUUGAAAGUACAGGAGCCCCCUGUUUUUAUUAAUGACAGACAUGAAGUACUCAGAGGAAGAAUUGGUUCUGCUGUUCCAUUGUCUUGUGAAGUGUAUGGUAAUCCAAAGCCUACAAUUACAUGGAUGAAAGAUAAGAAACCUCUGAAAUUUUCUCGUUCCAUUGCCCAGAAAGGUAACAGCUUAUUAAUUAUGACAAAAUUUGAACAUAAUGGCACUUAUGAAUGUGUUGCUGUGAAUUCUGCUGGAACAUCGAAGAAAACAAUAGAUCUUCUAAUACAAGAUCCUCCAAGAAUAUCUCCCCCAAGUUCUACAGAUUUUUACAUUGAGAAAGGGGAAGAUCUGACAUUGAUAUGUGAAGUUAGAGCAUUCCCUGUGGCAGAAAUUAAAUGGUAUAAAAAUGGAUUGCCUUUUGAAAAUGCCUCUAUCGCAUACUCUGAAAACAAUUCAUCUUUAAGAUUAACAGCAGAUUUGUCAACUUCUGGGGAAUACACCUGUGUUGCUACCAAUGAAGCAGGUCAUGACAAGAUCGCAAUGAACGUCACUGUCACAGUGGCUCCAAAAUUUGAAGACAUUGAAGAAUACAUUCAAGCUAGCAGAGGUGACAAUGUAACGCUUUCUUGUCUUACUGAUGCAGUACCUCCAGCUGAUUAUUACUGGCUAAAAUUUCCAGAUUUAGAACCUGUUCUUAGUGACAGCACUUUAACACUUGAAAAUGUGGACGAAAACUUUGCUGGCCUAUAUCGCUGUGAUGUAUCUAAUAUUGCUGGUGCAGCUCAGAAAAUAAUUGUUCUGUCAGUUUACGUUCCCCCUCUCAUUACGGCUGAAUUGCCCAAAACUCACAUUGUUAGAAAAGGAUACUAUUUUAACAUGCCAUGCCAUGCUGAAGGAGAUCCCAAUCCAACAAUAACGUGGCUAAAAGAUGGAAAACCUAUUCCUUCAUUGGAAGAUAGAAAUUUACUAGAACUACAUGAUAUUAAAGAAGAUGAUGCAGGAAUAUACACUUGCGUAGCUGAGAAUUAUGAAGGGACAGAUGAGAAAAACAUGCAAAUACUUGUUGAAGCUCCUCCUGUAAUGGAUGAAGCAUAUCCAAAAGCCAUUGAAGUAAAUGAAAGUAGUUCGAUUACCAUCUCCUGUCCAGCGAUAAGUGGAGUUCCUUCUCCCACAGUUCAGUGGCUGAAGAAUGGAGUACCUUUUAGUCCAACUAGAAGGGUAUCAUCAAAAGACAAAAAUCGAUCACUGAACAUAAAGAGAGCAAAAGCAAAUGAUGAAGGAGUUUAUACUUGCUUGGCUUCCAAUUCCAUAGGAGAAGCAAGUGCUAAUAUUUCAGUAAAUGUGUUAAUUGCACCACGGUUCAUUAAUGUGACAACAAAUAAGAAUAUAAAUCAGAUACAAGGAACUACCUUGUCAUUUGACUGCUCAAGUUCUGGAAAACCAACUCCUACAGUAUCUUGGUAUAGGAACGAUCACCCAUUUUUACCAAUUCUCAAUCCUCGAGCAAAGAUUUUAGAUACUGGAGUUGCUAUAAAUAAUAGUACAGUGGAAGAUCAGGCAAUAUAUAAAUGUAUUGUUGAAAAUAAAGCAGGACGUAUUGAACGUACUUUCAACGUUACAGUGUUUGUAACUGUAGAGGAUGAGGGUUUCAUGUCAGAGGAAAGUGAUGCCUCAUGGGGACUGUGGUCUCCAUGGUCUUUGUGCAGUAAGUCCUGUGGCAUAAGUGAAAGAGUGAGAUUCCGGAAAUGCUCUACUUCAACAGUUCUCUGUGAGGGAAAAUCUGAGGAAUGGGAGCAGUGUUUUGUUGCCCCAUGUAAGGUGGAUGGCGACUGGGGCCCUUGGGGGAAUUGGUCAGCCUGUUCUGCAACAUGUGGAUCAGGGGUAAGAUUUCGGGAACGAUUCUGCAACAACCCUUCACCAGAACAUGGAGGAGAAAUAUGCUCUGGAGCAAAUCGACAACAUGAAUCAUGUAAUUCUAAUCCUUGCCCAGUUGAUGGCUCUUGGUCAGCCUGGUCUGCAUGGCAGACAUGUUCAGGUCCUUGUGGAAAUAGUACCACAAAAAGAACAAGAAAAUGUGCAAAUCCAAUUCCUGCUUUUGGUGGCAAAACAUGUAUGGGUCCAAAAGUCGAACUUAAACCAUGUGAAAUAGAGUCUUGCCCAGUGCAUGGAGGUUGGUCAGUAUGGAGCCCUUGGAGUGCAUGUUCAGCUUCCUGUGGUUACAGCUCAUCAUCUAGAGAGAGAUCGUGUAAUAAUCCAAAACCCAAAAUGAAAGGAGCAAGUUGUUCAGGACCAAGUAGAGAAAUUAAAAAAUGUGACACUAAACCUUGUGAUGACAUACCUUUGAAGGCUCAACUGAAAAUCAAUGGUAUUUUGAAUGGACAUAAUAUACCUGACACAGUAGCUCAUAUUAAUAUAUCAGACUUAAGAGCUGCUCGAUUAAUUGAAGCUCGAUCAACUCCUGCACGUAAGAAAAACCUUUGGUUUCCUUAUCUUUUUCUUGUGAUGUCUCCAGUAACAUGGUCAACAGCAUUUCAAAAUGAUAAAGCUGUAAAUGGAUAUACAUUAACUGGAGGGAUAUUCAAAAUGAAAACCUUUGUGAAAUUCUCUUCAGGACAAGAUGUAACAAUUACCCAUACUGGUGAGGGUGCGGGGCCCGAUGGAGUACUGAAUUUCCAAGUUCAUAUCCAAGGAACAACACCACAAUUUAGAAUUGGCUCACAAGUAAAAUUGGAACCUUAUGAAGAGGAUUAUAUUCAAAGUGGACUAGGAGAAUUGUUUGCAAGUUCAAGCAGCAUAUUGGAAGGUGAUGGUACAUCAAUCCCAUUUUCUUGGAACAAAACAAUAAACUACAAUCCAGCACUAGGAAAAUUACCAUCUCUUGUUGAAACUCUCAGAGUGCAAAACAUUAAAAUAAAGAAAUUCAAACUGAAAGAAGAAGGAUCUAUCAGCACAAAUUUUACAGGUUCUUGUCCAACAGGUUUUGAGCUGAUGGAUGAAGGAUUUUGUCAAGAUAUUAAUGAAUGUUCAAGUCGUCGGUUGCACAAUUGUCACUUCACUCAAACAUGUGAAAAUCACCAAGGAGGAUAUGCUUGUACCUGCCCUCCAGGAUUUACAGCAUCAGUCAAAGGGGGUAAAUGUGCAGAUGUGAAUGAAUGUGCUGAGAAGCCUUGUUCUCACAAAUGUGUGAAUUUGGAAGGAAGUUUCAAAUGUUUGUGUCCACCUGGGCUUGCUCUUUUGGAUUCAAAAACAAAUUGCACUAGUAUUGAAGUAACAAAAGAUGGAAAAGUCGAAUCUUGGAAACAUUGCGACACGCCAAAACAAGUUGAAAUUGAUGGAGUGUGUGUAGAUGAAGAUCCUUGCAAGAAAAAUUUACACAUGUGUGGGGAAGAAGAAAUAUGUGUUGCUAUGAACGGUCUUUAUAGUUGUAUUUCAGUGGCUUGUCCUCCUGAUUAUCAUAUAUUUAAAGGUAUUAAAAAUGCAAAAAGUUGCAUUAAAUAUUGCAACACAACUAAAUGUGAUGAGACUAAUGCAAAGAUUUCUGAAACAAUGACUUCAAUAAUUUUAACACCAGGAGGGCCUAUUGCUCCUUUCAAAGAUCUUGUUCAUCUACCAUUGAACAUUAGAGGUCUCCACCACUUACAUACAUCCUACCAAAUUGUCCAAAAUGACAAAGGAAAAUCUUUUAGAGUUAAAAGCUUGGACGGAAAUGGAACUCUCUAUUCAACUACUUAUUUACCGGCUGGAGAAGAAUACAGAAUCACUGUGCAAGCACUCACAUAUGAUGAUUCUGACACAGACAUUUUGUUCAGUAAUAAGUUUUCUGUAAUAAUUCAUUCUCCAACUGACUAGCAAGUCCAGUACUCUCAGUUCCCCCGUUACUUGGAGGUAAACAAAACUUUUUCAGUUGAAAAUAUCUGUCCCAUUAUGUUAUAACUGGUAUGUUAUAACUAGACAUAGCUUCUUUAAUCUUGAGUUCUCUAAUUUAAAGUGAGGACUUGCCAAAAAUUUGAAACUGCGAAGUCAAAACAUGGAAGCUAUGAGAAUGAACUUUACAAUCAUAAAUCAAGAUACUACAAUGAGAUUUGUAAAGAACAUUUAGCUCCAGAACUGGUUGGGAAACAAUAUUGAAAUCAAUGAAGUCAACUAUUAGAAAAAACUAUUUGUAAAACAAGUUAUAAUUAAAGCAUAGCUUGGAAUUUCAUUUUUAGACUGAAAAUAAGAAUUGUCUAAUAUUAUUUAUUGUUGCACUUAGAAUUAUACAGAUCAUUUUUUAUAUAGCUUUAAUAGUUUAGUAUAGUAGAGAGUUUAAAUGUUUCAGUGUAAAUUGACAAAUGAUUCUGUUAAAUAAUACAUGUGAUUUGCCAGGUGUUUCUAGUAGAAGAGAAAUGAUAGACUUGAUAAGCACAAACUAUCAAAUUUGAAAUGUUUGAAGCUAAACAACCACCAUAAACUUGAUCAACUUAGUAAGUUGAUAAGAGCAAUUUUAUUUUGUCACACACUUGAAAUUUAAUAAUUUGGAAUAUUAUUCAAAGCAUAUUAAUUAAAAAGCAUAAACUCAGUGACAGUUCAAAUGUUUAUUUGUAUGGUGCUUCAAGAAUAUCAUUUACCCUUUUUCAUGCAUUUCAUGAAGUAACAUACUGAUUUCACUUCUGUAAUAUAAAUCCUGUAAUUGUACACUUUCAAUCAUUAACUUUUCUAAUUAAAAAUCAAUAAAUGUAUACUAUUUCACAAUGAGUUGGUUCUUUUCUGGACUUACAGAACUGUAUUUUAGAGUCAAAGAAGGACUUCUAUCAGAAAUUUAAUGUCAUUUACAAAAACACAUUUUCAUAAAAAUUCUAAAAAAUUUCUCAAGAGAAUGAAAGUAAUUGUAAACAUUUUGUAUUAUAAUUGAAAGUUAUCACACUUUUAUAUUAGAUUUAGUUACAUGCCAAUAAAUGUACAGAGUUGAAUAAAUUUGGUAAAAUAAUACAGUUUGAAAGUUUAAACCGAUAUUUCAUUUCCAUUCAUUUCGAAUGUAUAUGGUUAGUAUAUAAUUUUGUACAAUAAAAGUGCUGGUCAUGUACUAGUGGGAAAGUAUUAUACUAGUUUAAUUUUACAUUUAUGAAGAAAAUGUAUAUUUGAAUCAUUAAUUGAAAUUAAUCCAGUAACAAUCUAAUCUUACCAAAAAUGUGCAAAGUAAUCAAACUAAUUGUAUUUCUAUAUUUUCUGUGUUUAUUAUGUAAAUAAUACCUUUAUGUAUAAUAAAAGAAACAUAAAAAUUUUGAUUGAUGAUGAACCAGAAGAUUUCAUAUCUCAUAAUCAUCAUUCAUAUCAUAUGAACGGAACUUAUUUCAUUGCAACUUUUAUGUAUAUCAGGAUUUCUUUUAUAAUAUUUCAAAAGUACUCCAUCUCUGAAUACUACUACAAGAGACUAAAAUAUUAGAUAAAAUGCAAGAUGAAAUUGGAUAAAAAUAAAUUAUGCCCUGUGCAUCAUGCCUGGAACAAUAAUUGCACUUUUCAAUGGUCUUAGAAAAAGGGUAAUAUAAUGCAGGUUUUUCAUUUUAGCAAAUUGAAACAUUUGCUGCAUUAACUCUGACAAUUUUAAUAAAACCACUAUAAUUGCUUAUUAAACAUAAUACAAUAUUUUUUACAUUGAUGUUUUUAAAUAAAAAAAUAUUUAAUUGAAUUAAUGAAAGUGCAAUUAUUCACUAAUUUGAAAAUAACAUUUACACGAGGUAUUUUCAUAAAAUAAAUGUUUAAAAUAUAUUAUUAUGUGUUAGAAUUAAUAAGUAAUCUUUUGUACAAUUUAAAAGUUUUCAAUCUUAAUUGUUUGGGGAAGGAGAAAAGUAUAUAUUAUUGUAAUAGAGAUAAUUUCAACUGCAAUGAACAGAAAGUAUCAACAUCAUUUUUAAAAAUGAAACAGAAUAUUAAAAAGAUAUUUAAAAAAAAUGCUUCAAAGAUUUACUGUUUCAUUUUUGAUUAAAAAUAUUAAAUUUUGUUUUGAUGUUUUGAUGUCUUUUAAAGAUUUGUCUAUGAAGGGAAAGAAAACUUUUUUAGAAAGUAUUGUGUAUUAAAAUGAAAUAAUAUAGAUAUUUGCAGGUAUAGUUCUCUAGCAUUUGUGAUAUUGAACAAACAAACCAAAUUUUGAAUACUGCAUAAAGAGAAUAAAGACAAUGCCUUGCAUCAAGUUAACAAAAUAGAUUAAUUUACUACAGUGUAGCCUCAAAAAGCAAAAUUUCAUUUAUUUUUAAACAGCAAAAAAUUACAAAAGAAGUUAAUGUAAAAACAUAGUGAGUUAAUAUCAUUAGUAUCUUCAAGAAGUGAAUAUUUAUUAUGAAUAACUAGUAGUGAAAUGUUAAAAACUAAUAUUUAAUUUACUAAGCUUUAAAUUAAUUUUUUAGUUUCAGCAGUUCACAGAUAUAUGGUAGUUGUACUAUUAGCUGCAGAGAAAUCUCUGAUCAUUGUUACAUUUUGUUAUCAAAACAAAGCAAAAGACACAUUUAACGUUUAUGUUGUGUAUUUAUUAUUAGUGUAUACAUUCAUAAUAGAUGGAAUAUCAACUUUGCAAAUUUCAUAACAUUUCAUUUUAGUAUGCUUCAUGUGAAAAAAAAUAAUUAAUCUACAUAAUCAGGUACUAUUACUUUCAAAAAGAAAAUUAUAAAUAUUUUUUAACAACUCAUGUGGGUGGAUUGUAUUGCAAGUCAUCUGAGAAGAAAAGCACAUAUAUGUUAAUUAUGGAAAACUGUCAACUUUCUUUUGCCAACUAUGGAGGAUUAUAAACUACUUCAAAAAAUAAGGAAGAGUUCAUAGUAUGUUCCUACUCUAUUGGAUUUAAUGAAAUUCUAGCAUCUGUUAAAUGAAGUAUUUGUAAUUUUGUUCUGCUUUUAUUCCUUAUUAUACCAGGUCUUUAUCUUGACUCGCAACUCACGUCUAGAAACACCACCUCUUGUUUUGGCAAUUUGGCAUUCAGGAUCCCUUUCACUUUCAGCAACACAUGGU